AUGCGAGCUUCAAAGAAUGAAAAUACAAAAAAAGCAGAACCAUUCUACAGGCUUUCAGUGCCGAAGCAGAAGACCAGUUCUGAGAUUAUAAAUGAAGCCAGAAAUGCUCUACGAACGCUACGAACUCGGAGACCAUUUACACCUACAGAGCAUCAAAGGAAACUUUUUGGGUCUGGAUCCUCAUGGGCUCCUCAGAAUAGACCCCCUUCAGUUUUUAGUCUUCAUGCAUCCAGUUUUGAUUUGGCUGAAUCAAGACCAGUGUCUAGCGUUCGUCUUAGCCCACUGGAUCAAAAACCAAUACUAGUCACUUUUGCAAAAGAUGAAGAUUCUUCCUUUUCUCUCCCAAAGCCUUCUGCUGAUGCUGCAGAGGUUAGAAAAGUCAGCAGUGCUCGGGCACUCUUAUACAGAAGAACUUCUCAGGGAAAUUUCCUUUCUGCUAAAAUGACUCCCCCUGAUCAGAAUGAAAAGAAACUAGAUUCCAAAGAACCAGCUAUGAUGAGUAAUCUUUGCAGAAGUAAUAACUGCUUAGCAAAGCAAAGGUCAUACACAUCAUUUAAUGAUGAAAGUAGACAAUUAAUUUGUAGUGAGCGUAUCGGCAGACUGGAGAGGGAAGACUUCCUAAAAGAGACAUCAGGAAAUUUUUUAUUUCAACUGAGAGAAGAAGGAAGUGUCACCAGGGAUGGCAGAUUUGCUGAUAAAGAGCAACAGUUUCCCUGUGACCAGAUAAAAAAGCCUAGCAGAAGUUCAUCACGGCCAAGGAGUACAGGCUGGAAGAGAAGAGUAACAGGCUUAGAGGAUGAAACAGGAAUAAAUGAAUCGGAAGAAGAAAUCUUUUGGCAUAUAAAGAUUCUACCAAUUCUGCAUGAACUGGAAGAAGUAGAAGACAAUACAGACAAUCUUUGUCUGGCUUGCACCAAGCUCUAUCAAGUCUUGAAUGAAGGAAAUAUGCUUGGGAAAAGAUUUAAAAGAAGAAGUGUGCUUCUGAAGACAUUAUAUAAACUUGUAGACGUUGGUUCAGAUCCACUUUGCCUGAAGCUGGCAAAGAUUAUUCUGGCUAUGAAAGUGGAUGGAAAAAAUCUUCUUGCCGUUUGCAAGCUUGCAUUUAAAAUCUGCAGGAAUGAAAAAAAUGAUUGCAUCAUUCAAAAUGAUAGAUUAUUGGAUUGUUUGUUGGAGGUCCUGAGAACUGAAGAUCUACAAAAAAACAAUGAAGCUGUCUUGUAUUGCAUGGGAGCUAUAAAACUCAUGUCUGGAAAUGCAGUACUCCUUAAUGAAAUGGUCAACAAAGGAGCUAUUGAAAUGUUGUUGCAAUUAAUGAAGCAGAUUAAUAAUAUAAAAGAAAAUGACACAUAUUUCUCCAACUUGGGCCACCUAUUAGUCCAGCUGACAGCUACUCUGCGGAACUUGGCCAAGUUUCCUCCAGCGAGGUGCCAGCUCCUUGGCAGCGGCGCAGCCUCUGAGCUCUGCGUGGCGCUAGAGCAGCAUAUGAACGAUAGGGAUGUGUGCAUCUACAUCAUCAGGAUAUUCAGCAAACUUUCUUCCUAUGAUGACUUCUGCGUGGCUUUAGCAGACUGCUCCAGAUGUUACAUCUUAUUUUUAGCCCUACUAAACAAACACCAGAAGCAGCAGGAUUUGGUUAUCCGUAUCGUCUUCAUUCUUGGUAAUUUAACAGAAAAGAAUAACCAGGCCCGUGAGCAAUUUUUUAAAGAAAAAGGAAGUGUUAAUACCUUGAUAUCAUUAUUCCAAACCUACCAUGAGCUUGAUUUGAAUGCACAAAAAUGUUACCGUGAAAGAGAAGGGGAAGACGACAACCACCCAAAGCAUCCUUCAGAAGCAGAAGACGUGCUGAUAAAACUGAUCAGAGUGCUGGCCAACCUCUCCAUUCAUCCCAGCGUAGGAGCAGCUCUGGCAGCUGCCCAUCGUGUUGUAGAAUCACUUGUUGCAGUACUAGAAUACAAGUCAGCUGAUGACUGUGAGGAGUUGGUCAUCAAUGCUGCAACUACAAUCAACAACUUAUCCUACUACAAAGUGAAGAGUUCUGCUGUUCAAGAGAAGAAGUUCCACAUUGCUGAAAUGCUUUUAAAGCUGCUAAUGAGCAACAGUAUGGAUGGAGUUGUGGAGGCUGUCAGAGUCUUUGGCAAUCUCUCCCAGGAUCAUGAGAUCUGUGACUUCAUCAUACAGAAAAAGAUAUACAAGUUCAUCAUUGCUUUACUUGAUGCCAAGAACCAAGAUGCCUGUUUCUCUGCCUGUGGAGUUCUGCUCAAUCUCACAGUAGAGAAGAACAGACGAGCCCUUCUGAUGGAAGAAGGAGGAAUUGGAAAGUUAGUUGACUGUUUACAAGACUUUGGGCCGGCAGACUGGCAGCUGGCUUGUUUGAUCUGCAAAACCCUGUGGAACUACAGCGAAGACAUCACCAGUGCGGCUUCAUGCUUUGGAGAAGAUACCGACACGCUGCUGGGGCUGCUCACAUCGCUCCUAG